CUGGAAGCGAGUCAGUUGAUGCUUAGAAAGGUUGCUCACUCAAGACCAAAAAGUAAGUUUACUGAAUUUAAGGAGCCGGAAGGCGAACAUACACUAACGGAAGAAGAUGACAGUUCAAAUGGAGAAAUUACAAACAAGGAUUCCUGGAAGUACAAUCGAAACACCAGGCAAGGCAAGAAAUGCAUGAUCCUGCUCCCAGCAAAGGAACCCAAACCGUAG